CCAUUCAGAGGCCGCGUUCUGGGCUCGUCUUGGAUCCACCUUAGCGGACCGAAGACCGAGUGUUGUAUCCCCGCAUUAAGUCAUCUGGAGAUCAGCUCUUCCGAGAUAUAGCCAGCAAUACCUUCACUUUCCAUUCAAUUAAACUUCAGACAAGCUUGCAAUCGAGCUAUAGCCCGGGAUAUAGACCAAUCAACGGCUCUCAAUCCCGAACUUCUUACAGGGCAUUCUUCCGGCGGGAUGGCAAGCACCGUCUAUAAUCCUUAUAAAUGGCCUCGAAUUCUUGUCCAGUGGCUUCACAAUUACCAUCAUCUUCUUAUUCACAUCGGUACUGCAACAGCUCUACUAUUUCAUAAUGUCAUUGCCGAGCACUCCAUACCCUCAUCUGCGUCAAACAGACAACGGGAAGCAACUUAUCGUCGAUGGCAGACCUUUCCUUUCUCUGGCUGGAGAACUCCAGAACUCCUCUCUGACCUCGGCGGAGUAUAUGGAUACACUCUGGGAGAAGCUCGUUGACACUCACAUCAACACCGUCCUCGGAUGUGUCACCUGGGAAAUGAUCGAGCCGACUGAAGGGCAUUUUACUUUUACCGAGCUAGAUAGGGUUAUCCUGGGUGCGAGAAAGCAUGGACUGCGGCUCGUGCUCCUCUGGUUUGGUUCAUUCAAAAAUGGUAUAUCGACAUACGUACCAGCCUGGGUUAAGACCAAUCCAAAGCGGUUUCCUCGCGCCAAAUUAAGGAAGGCUGGGGGUGUUCUUCAGACUGCAGAUGUGCUAUCCAUCUUCCAUGACGAAGCGCCGAAAAGUGAUGCAAAUGCAUUUUCACAUCUCAUGCGUCAUUUGAGGGUGUUUGAUGGCAAUCACUCAACUGUCAUCAUGGUGCAAGUUGAGAACGAGACAGGCUUGCUCGGCGACUCGCGUGAUGGGUCAUCGAUCGCCGAAGAACGCUUCUCUCAGCCUGUACCGGAAGACUUGCUUACCUUUUUAGCUGGUGAUUGGGAUAGCCUUCACCCUGACCUCAGAAGUAAUUUAGUCCACUUCAAGGCUCAGUCCCAACCACGCGGGUCAUGGGCCGACGUAUUUGGUCGAGGACCACAUACGGACGAACUCUUUAUGGCUUACCACUACGCACACUACUUGAAUCAGGUCGCUACAGCAGGAAAGCACGAGUACCCCAUUCCGCUCUACACGAAUGUGUGGCAGAAUUAUGUGGGAGAAGACGGGGAUAAUGAUUUUCCUAUUGUUGCAGGGGGUGGUGGUUUGCCCGGCGACUAUCCAUCCGGCGGGGGUACCAGCAAUGUCCUUGACAUUUGGCACCAGUUCGCCCCGGCGCUGGACUUUAUUGCACCCGAUGUUUAUCUGAACGAGUACACUCAGUCCUGUCGUAAGUACCGUCAUCGUAGCCAACCACUGUUCAUCCCGGAGCAGCGGCGUGAUGAGUACGGGGCGCGGCGGAUCUGGACGGCCUAUGGAUCAUACCAAGCGAUCGGGGUGUCGCCUUUUGGCGUCGAUACGCUCGAGCCGUCUACCAAUCCAUUCACCAAGCACUAUAGACUGCUUGACUCCGUCUCGCAAAUCGUGCUUGACGCACAGCGGCGGCCGGGCUCGUCGGUCGGCUUCUUUUUCGACCAGCUUGCGGACAAUGGUUCCGAUCCGUCGAAGCCGGUUGUUCGGCGCUACGAGGGGUUCGAGAUCACUAUUGAACGCUGCUUUGUCUUUGGCAAACCUGGUCCGGGCUCUGGCAUGGUGAUCCAUCUCGGUGGCGGCAAGUUUCUAUUGAUCGGCUGGGGAUUCCAGGUGCGUGCGAUCUCGGUGUCCCCGAAGGCGACAUUCACCGGUAUUCUACGGUUUGAAGAGAAAUCCGUCGUCAAUCGAGAGACAGGCGAACUCAAGACGCUAAGGGUGCUCAAUGGCGACGAGACGCGAAGCGGGAUUUUUGCCAUGAUGCCUAACGAGGACCCAGACUAUGGCGGGUUUCCUAUCUGCGUAACUAUCCCUGCGCGGACUAUGAUCGCUGAGGUAGAAUUCUAUUCGAUUGAUGAUGAGACUGUCGUGUAGUGUAUGUUCGGAGAAAACUCCUGGCAUAUCGACGUUGGGUCUUGGACGUCAAGUACUGGAAUAUAUAUACAGAUGGUAAUGACAUGACCGAUUUUAUUAAAAC